AUGUCCGACGGUCUCAACGAUGCCCGUGCCAUACGCAUUGCGGAAAUCAUGAGCGACUUCCGCAACCUGCAAUACUACCUCAGCCAACUUCGCGCCUCCCCUACGGCAGAGGAAUACUACCUCGAGGGCUACUCACUACUCCGCCAAUGCACCAGCGAAGCCCAAAGCAUCCUCACGACCCCCUUCACCGCCACCAGCGGGGCAACAGGGGGUGAUCCUGAGCGCGAGAAGCAGCAAUUGAAGGC